AUGGAUCGUAUCAUGAGAAAGGGUGCUGAGCUCAAGGAGAAAUGGCUAGCGAGAGAGGAGCAAGCUACACAUGGUGAUGUGGAUGCUGUGGAGGAGAAACAACCUCUCACCACCACUGGCAAGGCUUCUCCGGUGGGACUAGAAGACGAUGUGAUCCACAUCAUGGAGAAGCUCACCAUACAUCAACCCGACAGCACAUCAUCUCGAUUGUGGGGAUGGGCGGCACGGAGACACUUUGACAUUCGUGCUUGGGCUACUGUAUCUCAACAAUACAGUGCACAAGAAAUCUUUUCAAAACUUCUUCACUCUAGCAUAGGGCAAAGUGGAAGUGGAAAUGAUUUAGGGCUAAAGUUGCAUCACAGUUUAUGUGGUAGAAGAUAUCUUGUACUAGAUGACAUAUGGAGUGUGGAAGCUUGGGAUGAGGUUAGGCGUUACUUUCCCGAUAAUGGGAAUGGAAGUCGGAUCGUUUUAACUACUAGGUUGUCGGAUGUGGCUAGUGGUUGUGGCUCUAGUUCUUGCUUCAACAUGAAACCUUUAGAUGAGGAUCAAAGUUGGGUGUUGUUUUGCAGAAACGCUUUCCAGCAAGAACAUUGCUCUUAUCCUCAACUAGAAAGUGUGGGAAAUGAGAUUGUUACAUUGUGCAGAGGAGUACCCUUGUCAAUUGUUGUGAUUGGAGGGUUUCUUCUCAAAUCCCCUAGGGCUGUAGCAUUCUGGGAGGAUGUUGCCAAGAAUAUAAAAUCAAUCCCCAAUUCAAAAGAGAAGCAAGAGAUCUUAGAUGUUUUAUCUUUAAGCUAUAAUCACUUGCCCCCUCAUCUGAAACCAUGUUUUCUUUAUAUGGGAAUUUUGAGGAGGACAAUGAGAUUCGUGCAUCACGAAUCAUCAAACUUUGGAUAUCGAUAUAAUGGGAAGAUUAGGUCUUGUCGACUUCAUGAUCUGAUAAGAGAUCUGUGCUUGAAAGUAUCUGAGAAAGACAAGUUCUUCUAUGCCAAAAGGGCACUCAACAACAUGACUAAGGAGCGUCGCUUCAUAUGUCAUGACUUCAUCGAGAGUGCUGAUGGUCUGAAGUCAGCGCAGCUUCUUCGUUCUCUGGUAUGCGGAGGGUCGAAGCUGCCGGUUGUGUUUAAGUUGUUGAGGGUUUUGACUGUGGCUGGCGACUGUUCCGCGGAGGAUGUACUGCAGAACUUGAACCUGCGGUGCCUUACUUUCCUACCUUUGGGUUUGUUACUGCAGCUUCCUUCUUCAAUAUCCUUCAUUUGGAACCUGCAAACAUGA